AUGGACUCCGAAUAUCUGAAGAAACACGUAGGAAAUGCGUUAGCUUUGGGGUUAGCAGAAAUAGCGGAGAAAAGACCCGUUGAUCCUAUCGAAUAUCUUGCUCACUGGCUAAGAAAGUACGUUGAGAAUCAAGACGUUGCCAAGAAGGUAGUAACAAACCCUAUCUUUAUCUCAGUGCUUGCACCUUGGCUGUUUUUUUCCCUGGUCAAUUUAGCUGUUUAUUCCACUCCUAGUUUGGUGUUGUUAUACCGAAAAACGUGAUUGUGCCGUUUAAAGCUUUUAUACACCGUAUUCACAAAUGGCGGACACGCGGGAAAAAACUGGUGCCUAGUCAUGAAAGCGAGGCGUUGGAGGAUAACAAAAAAUUGCAAAUGAAGACUUUCAGUGAACUUGCAGAGUGUUUAGCACGGAUUCCACCUAAAAUAACUUUUUACGGACUUCUUUUUAAAUACAAUUACGUGGGAUGUCUUCUGCUUUUAAUGUUUAGUAGCUAUUUGCUGUUUGCAAUCAAAAGGGACGCGUAUAUCUUCAGGAAACAGGAUGAUUUUGUAGGUUUCCGAAGCAUCGAUCAGAAGCUCGAAGAGUAGGCGAUCGCUGGAGAAAAGCGGCAAACAUGUUGGCCCAAACUUCACACUGAAACCGAAUACGAAAGCCGGAUCACUACAAUUCUGUAUUGGAUUAGNCUUUGGUGCCUGUGAAAACCACAGCAAAUGGACUCCGAAUAUCUGAAGAAACACGUAGGAAAUGCGUUAGCUUUGGGGUUAGCAGAAAUAGCGGAGAAAAGACCCGUUGAUCCUAUCGAAUAUCUUGCUCACUGGCUAAGAAAGUACGUUGAGAAUCAAGACGUUGCCAAGAAGGUAGUAACAAACCCUAUCUUUAUCUCAGUGCUUGCACCUUGGCUGUUUUUUUCCCUGGUCAAUUUAGCUGUUUAUUCCACUCCUAGUUUGGUGUUGUUAUACCGAAAAACGUGAUUGUGCCGUUUAAAGCUUUUAUUGGUUAAGUAUGAGAAUUGAAAGCUCAAAUUUAUAUGGCUUUCUGCAUGCUGUUGUCGUUUUGAAGCUACCAAUGCAAAACAUCUGUUCUCAGGUUAAAUAAACCAGUAUUGAACCCUACCGUAGUUAGAAGCUUAAUACCCUAGUAGAUUCGAAAGGCUUAUCCUGAGAACAUAUCUGGUUAUUAUGUGAAGAACACUUAAGAAAUUUUAAUAAUUGUUUCCAAUCUUUAAUUUUCUGACUCUGCUUUUUUCUACAUGUAGAAAGCUGAAAAGCAAGAAGCCCUUGAAAAAGAGAUAGAAAAAGCAGAAGAAGAACGUAUUAGAGAACAACUGAGGAAAGAGGAGGCAGAAAACAUUGCACGUCAGGAGGCUUAUGAAAAGGCAGCGAGUGAGGAGGUUGUUAUUGAUCAGACACCAAGACCAAUACCUCCUGAAGUAACUGGCACUCUUGCACCUGUUGCUGAGGGUGAUGAAGGUAAGCCAUUUUUAGUAGUAGUGACAAUCUCCUCAAAAACUAUGUAAUGUAAUGAGCAAGGAGCUUCAUCUCUGGAGAUUAUUAUUAUUAUUUUUUACUAAAUUAUUAUUGUUAUUAUAUAAAUUAUAAAAUACUUAUUAUAAUCAUUCAUGAACUUUUUUAACAUCUCAUGACAUCCCCACAUGUAAUUGACAGUAUAGAAUAGAAAUUUGAGGCCCAGUUCAGACGUUGUGCUUCUGCUGUGCCGAACUAAAUUCAGGAAUUAAGUUCGACAAAAGCACGGAAGAAGCACAGCGUCUGAAUCAAAUUUUUGAAUUAAGUUCGGCAAGCAAUCAAGUUCGGCAAGCAAUUAAGUUCGACAAGCGCUGCCGUGCUACACGGCUCUGGCACGGCAGCGAUUCAAACGUCGUGCUUCUACCGCGCUAAACAAAAUUCAUAAAUUAUAUUAAUGUAUUUUGACGAGAUUGCGUUCCCACGGGGAGUUGGGAGAAGAAUUGUUACUCUGGCAUGACGUAUGAAUCAAAGUUGUUUUCCUGCCGUGCUACAGUCGAACUAAAUUACAAUUAAGUUCGACACGGCAGAAGCACAACGUCUGAACUGGGCCUGAGAGUGACAAAAUGAGUAGCAGCCAGGGAGAAGUUUGGGCUUACAGCAAAUCAAAAGCCAAUCUAAACCUAAUAUUAGUGUGUAUUGAAAUAGUUUGUAUGUCAUUUGGUUUCCCAAACAUGGUGCAAGUACUUGGAGGAGUGAAAGAGAGUUUGAGGACUCACAGAGAGUGUGUGAGGGGAGCAUGACCUAAUGUUCACUACGUAAGUUGAAUGGUAUUUGCAAAAUCCUUAGCAAGAUUACACAAUAAAUUAUAUAUAAUUUACUUUAAAAUAAAAUGCUUGCACAACUCUCAGUUUAUAAAAUUAAAGCCAACACAGUGAGAUAAAUAAUUAAAUUUUUUAUAUUGAGCAUGUAAAUGUUUUAAGGCAUUUUUUAAAAGUCUUCUCAAACAUUUGACUGCAUUUACUGUUAACUUGAAGUGUUUUGUUUUGUUGUUUUUUUGUCAGAUUGAAAGUACCUCUCUUCACUGAACUGUAAGACAUUAUUUUAUUUGACAUGUAUAAAAGUGUUCAUUAAUAAUUUGUUUCCUCCUCUUGGUCUGAGAAGGCUAUAACCAUAAAGGAAUAAACAGAUAUAACUUAAAAUCUUGCAAUUUAUUAUUAUAAUAUUUAUUACUAAUUCAGUAAUGGAAAUUAUACUAGAAACUACAUUAAUAAUGAAAUAAUUAAUUCUAAGAAAAUUCUAGGAGAGUUGGUUGUUAAACUAAAGUGAUUUUUUAAGUGUUGAAUGUCAAUUUAAUUGUUUUCAGUGUAUCUUUAAUUGCAACACAUUUUUUGUUUUCCUCUGGACUUAAAAUUGAACUUUUCUUUUCUGCUGGUUUGUCGCUUUGGUAACACCAAAGAGACAAACAUUGCUUUUAACUGCUUAAAACUGUUAUGUCUGUAACAAUGACCAACAUCCAAUUUAUUUGUUUUUUUUCUUGAUCACUGGUUAAUUGAAUAAAGAAUUAAGACGAGUCAUGGACUUUUUGCAACAAAUUCUGUUCAUUACUUUAGUACCAUGUACAGAAUGGUGUGAUGAGUAUGUUGCUAACUAUGGAACCUUUGUCUGACCUUUGAACAAAAUUAUUUGAUUACAUAACACAUGAAUAUUUCAAGACAAUUCAUGCUACUAUCUGAGUAGAAUGUUGCAUAUCAUUGCAGCAAGAGUUUGCGUAGUAGAAAUGAAUGGGUAAUAGCUUGGAAUGGUAUUAGGUUAGGUUGGACCCCCUUAUUAAAAUUUUGUUGAUCCACCCCUGUGGUUUCUAUAAGAUUGUUCUGAUUUUGGUCAUAUAUUAUGAAAACAAUUAAGGCAUUAGAGUAUUAUUUUGAUGUACCCACUUGCCCUAUUUCCCUUCAUCUAAUAAGUUGUGUAAAAUAUAAUGUUUGUAAUGAUGAUGUACAUGUAGUGAGGUAGGGUCCCUUUGUUGGCUCAGUUGAACCUGGGUGUUUUCUAGUUACUAAGAUGUCUUUUUUCUUCAUAUUUUGUUGACACAGUUGCAAAAGGACAGUCGAACCCUGUCUAGCCAGAUGCAUGCCUCAUGUUAAAACACCACCAAGAUGUCACUCGUUAUUGAACAAUGACAUUUAUUUUGAUACGAACAACUCUUUUUUUAUGUUAAACAAAAUUAAUUUGAAGGACUUUAGAGUUAAUAUAAAUGCCUACUGGCAAGUUUAUGUGACAAGAAUAUCCAAAGAUCUUUAUUAAUAGCAACAUUUACAGAAACUGUAUGCAUAUUUCAAAAAUUACAUGUUUAAGUUUGUUAAAGCUCACACACAGUAAACAUAAAGUUAUAUUAAAAAUGUCAUUAUUAAAUAUUAAUCUAAUAAUAGUUUAAAUUUAUGGAUUUAUAUAAUUUAUUUGUUGUGAGAUAUAAGUUCAGAUCUUUAUUAAUUUAAUUGCUUCAAAAGGUUCAUUAAAAAUCAAAUAAUAUUGUUAUUUAGCUUUGCAGAAGACAGGAUAUUGCAAUUAAAAAGUAUAUUACAUGUACCACAGUGUUGGUUGAAUAUUUUGUUGUUAGAUAUGUCAAUAAAACAGUUGAUUCCUCAACUGCUUCAUUCUCCUCAGACUCUUAGUCUAGUGUCUUGCAAUUAAUCCGCUCCCAUCCCCUCUAAAAUGUAACCCUUUUCCACUAUUGUCACAUCUGUGACAUGAUUCUUUAAUUUUCUUGACUCCAGAAAGACCUCAUGUGUGGAAUCAAGUGCCUGUAUAAAGUUAAGAGGAAGUUAAGGUAGACAGGAAGUUAUAUGUCAGAUAUGAUUAGAAAAGGGGGGUAUUUUGGAUAUUUUAGUUUUUCACCGUUUUUGUAAUGAAAUGCACGGAAAUUAAGUGCACAAGUUGAAGUAAGUAUGUUGAAAUAAUAUUGUUAAGCUGCGCUGGGAAGAAAAUCUUUUAUAAAUAGUACCUGCAUGACUUUACAUUUUAUCCCCAACCUGCGAUCAGGCAAAACAAAACAAAAUCGCAUGAUCGCAGGUUAUUUUAUCCCUAUUGAUGGUAACUCUAUCCUAUUUGCCUGGUGCAGCCCCUAAGAAGAAUUAUCAGGUAAAAUACGUAAUAGGUUUUCGUCUUGGCGUAAACCUGAGAAAACGGAGGUUUGAAAAGCUUUAAACAAGCCUCAAACAAUGAAGCGGUGCUUGCAUACUCUUUACAAAAUUCCCUUUGCAUGGAAUUCACGUAACUCUGCACUUGUUUGUGUAACUUUUACGACACCUUUUCAAUAAUGAAAAACACCGACUAACUUUUCUCGGCUUAGACUGGAACAGUUGCUGUGCUGGAAUUUUUGGCGAUUGUUAAGUUCUCAGCGUGUUCAUGGAGGUAGAUGGCCGUAUCCCGCCUGACCUUAUAUCCUCUCAUAAGGUCAGUCGAUCUAUCGUAAACGUGAUCAAAUCAAAAUGAGAGAUUAUAUGGACAGUCGGGUUACCUCACCUACCUAGGGUCCCCCACCUCCACUGUAAACGGGCCUUAAGACGUUAUUCCCGGUCUAAAACAGGCACUUUGUUGAUAGGUGCUGUUUCAAAAGUCCUUUUUACGUUUGUAAUAUAGUGACAACGGGAGCGGAGCAAAACACUUUUCGUGCAGUAUGAACCAGAAUCUAAGAGUAUCCUUAGCUUUUAUUCAGGCUCUGAAUGGAAAAGUAGCGAAUCACAAUAUUCCUCUGGGUUAUUAUGGUUUUAACUGCGUAUAGCAAAGUUUAUUGUGGCAUAGCUUAGCAACGAACCUUGUGGUCUGAAAUCCAACCUUAGUGUCUGCCUAUACCGGUACCUUGCAAUAAUGCCCUCUCUCCUUGGCUUACAUCUCUAUUAUGUCUUUCUUUCCUCUCUUCUUAAAGAAAGAAAGAAAAACUUGAGCGUCUAAUCGCGGGUUACGGAUUCCAGGUUAUUUGAAAGGUCUCAAAAUGGCCAAAGACUCCAACCCCACCCCUGUCGAACAUUCAAGCGCAUAACAAAUAUCUGCUAAAAAGUACGCUACUCUUUCACUCUUUCUUGUCUCAUGCUUUAUGUAUAAACCGCUCAACAGAUCUAGAUAGCAAAACAGAAGAAGCAGAAAAAGUCAGCCAAGAAGAAACUACACCUGUUGUCGAGGAGGGAGAAAGUGAUGCAAAGAAGGAUGGCGAAGCCGAGCCAACAGCUGCUGUUGAAGCGAAGAAAACGGAGGGAGAAGGAACGACAGCAGCAGAAGGAAAGGAGACGGUAGGUGAUGCAGAGAAGAAUGAGGAAAAGGUAGCUGAGGAAGCGGUCAGUGAGCAGAAACCUGAAGAUGGUGGUCCUGAGAGCAGAGGAGAACCAGGAGCGACGACAGUAGCUCAGGAAGAGGAAAAUGAACCAACUGGAGACCAGACAGCAGAGGAACAACAACAACAACCGGAACAGGAACAACAACCACCAUUACAACAACAAGAGGAACAGCAGGAGGAGCAGCAGGAACAAGAAAAUGGUGAAUGCUUGUGA